AUGGAGUGUUUUCAUUUCGUAGUAUUUCUUCUUUUCCACUUGCUCCUUGCCAGUUUUCACGUGGAUGCUCUCAGUUGGGCGGCAUGGAGUCCGUGGAGUUCAUGCACCAAAACGUGUGGCGGCGGAGUUUCUCGUCAGUUACGUCGAUGCCUCACCUCAAAGUGCUCAGGAGAAUCGGUUCGAUUCAAAGUUUGUGCUCAAAAGACAUGCGAGUCAAAGUCUAGAUUAGCUAGGGAUACGAUUUGUGGUGGAGAGGAGAUUGUGUCGAGGCAACAGUGCGAAGUAGUGUGCCGCUCUCGAGUCACCGGAGCCAACUUUUUAUGGAGAGUUGAUGAUGGAACACCGUGUCAAGCAGCUACAAGUCGGGCGGUUUGCAGCAAAGGAGCUUGUCAGAUCGUUGGUUGUGAUGGUUUGAUUGGCUCCUCUUUCCGAUUUGAUGCCUGUGGAGUAUGUGGUGGACGUGGUGAUACCUGUGACAAUGGAAAGUUUAUCUGGAAGGUUUCAGAAGAAUACACAGCGUGUGCAUCGAACUGUGAUGAUAUCGUUGAUUGGUCGGGUGCAGGCCGUUCGAUUGCAUCCACAAGUCAACCAAUUGUUGUUUGUGUGAAUGCAAUCAGUGGAAGAGUUGUUCCAGAGAGAUUAUGUGCUGAUAAAUUGAGACCAAAAGUUGAAGCGAGACCGUGUCCGAUGCUCAUUUGUCCAUCGAGAUGGAUGGCAGCGGACUGGUCGGAAUGUAUACCUCAUUGUGGUUCAGGAGCAAGAAAAAGAGAAGUAUACUGUGUGCAGACCGCUCAUAAUGUAACAGUUCAUGUGCCUGAUUCAUUCUGUGAAAACGGAACAAGACCGAUUGGAGAAGAGAACUGUAUCUCAACAUCUUGUGGUCGUUGGGAAGCUGGAAAAUGGUCAAAAUGCACAGCGUCGUGUGGUCAAGGAGUCCGUCGUCGACACGUGGCAUGUGUUGGAGGAUCGGAUUGUGAUGAAGGAGGAAGACCAAGACAGGAAACUACGUGUUAUGCUGGAAUGCCGUGUAGUUUGGCGACGAAUAGUUUGGACUGGAACGACCGUGCAUAUUUGGAUGGAAACACGUUUGGAUCGAUGGAUAAUCAUAAUGAUUGGCAGGCACCAAGACUAGUCGCCGGCGAAUGGAGUACAUGCUCAUCGACUUGCGGAACUGGUGUCAUGUCGCGCACCGUUGAAUGUGUAGCCGUCAAUCCGAUCUCUUCGGCGCCCAUCAAACUGCCAAUGUCUGAAUGUCAGGAUCAAGAACAACCGAAACUCUUCGAAUCGUGUGAAGUCAGAAGUUGUCCACUUCAAGAAGAUUCCAAACUAACUGAAGAUGAGGCUCCAAACCAAUGGAGAUACGGUGACUGGACUCAAUGCAGUGCCUCUUGUCUCGGUGGAAAACAGAAAGCCGCUCUGAAAUGUAUCCAAGUGGCAACAGGGAAAUCAGUUCAAUGGUCUCAAUGUGAUGCUCGUCGUCGUCCACCAGAGAAGAGUCGUCCGUGUAAUCAACAUCCAUGCCCACCGUUCUGGUUGACUUCUAAAUAUUCUGAAUGCUCGGUUUCUUGUGGAAGUGGAACUGCAAGAAGAAGUGUGAAAUGUGCUCAAACAGUUAGCAAGACUGACGGAGCAGAUGCUCAUAUUGUGUUGAGAGAUGAUCGAUGUCAUUUCGAGAAGCCACAGGAAACAGAGACAUGCAAUGUGAUUGCAUGUCCGCCUACUUGGGUGACUGCACAAUGGACCGAAUGCUCUCGCUCCUGUGAUUCUGGAGAGCGACGUCGUCAAGUAUGGUGUGAAAUCAGGGAUUCAAGAGGAAAAACUCAGCGACGUCCAGAUGUUGAAUGUGAUGCUAACACCAAACCACAGUCGGUCGAAGUCUGCAGUUUCGGAUCGUGUGCACGCCCUGAACUUCUCACAAAUCGUGUCUUUGAACAAAACGUUGAGCAGAAAAAGUUGACUUUAGGAAUCGGAGGAGUGGCCACUCUCUAUCAAGGAACCAGUAUUAAGAUUAAGUGUCCAGCGAAGAAAUUCGAUAAAAAGAAGAUUUAUUGGAAGAAGAAUGGAAAGAGAAUCAAGAAUGACGCUCAUAUCAAAGUGUCUGCAAAUGGAAAUUUGAGAGUAUUCCAUGCAAGAAUGGAAGAUGCUGGAGUUUAUGAAUGUUUCACUGAUAGACUUCAAGGAAAUGUUACUUUGAAUUUCAAAUAUAGAGAUUUCCCUGCUACUCGACCAGAUUUAUCACCAAAGGUACAACUGCCAUCCAAUAGAAAUAAGCAACGACCGCCAACUGAAGCGAGCAGAGAAGACGUGAUUCGUGAACAAGCAAACGUGCUUCACAAGAUGAACGUUUCCCUAAUUGAAGCAUUGCUCACUGCUCCAAAUGACGAAAAAGCACGUGAACAACUGAAGAAAUACGGAAAUGAAUUGGUAGCAAGAUGGGAUAUUGGACAUUGGUCUGAAUGCAGACAGAAGACGUGCCACGUCGCGGGAUAUCAGGCUCGUGGUCUCUCAUGUAAAGUCACAUUCCACGGAGAGACUAGAAAUGUUGACAACUCGAUUUGUGAGUCUCUUGCAUCAGUUCGUCCACCAGAAACUCGUCCAUGUCAUCGUGAGGAUUGUCCAAGAUGGGAAGCAUCUCAGUGGUCGGAAUGUUCAUCACAGAGAUGUGUCAGCAGCAUGUUGGCACAGAAACGAAGAAACGUUACUUGUCGGUUCACAAAUGGAACAACUGUUGACAUUCAACAUUGUGAUAUUACAAAUCGACCAGCUACCACUAUGGAUUGUCCGAAUCAAAACUGCAAAGCCGAGUGGAGAACCUCCGAUUGGGGAUCUUGUAGUUCGGAAUGUGGCACAGGAGGUGUCCAACUUCGUCUACUCUCCUGUGUCUGGAUAUCAUCCGGACGUCCAGCAGGAAGGAAUUGUGAACAAAUGAGACGACCCCACUCAGCGAGAGCAUGUGUUGCUGAUGAACCACUUCCACCUUGUAUGCCAACUGCAAGCGCUCUUUACCAGAGAGAUGCUUCGUGCCAAGACCAAUCCCGUUUCUGUGACAUUAUCAAACUGUUCCAUUCAUGCGAUUCAAUGGAAGUUCGCCAAAAAUGUUGUUCUACGUGUACUUUUGUCGAGAGAAAGAAGUUUUAA